UUAUAGAGCAUCACACUAGGGAAAUGAAGACGUUGAUGCUCGAGGAAUUUUCUCCCAACACCGAUAGAAAUCCCUUCGUCCUUUUCUAAGUUCUUUCCUACACACACGCACGCAGAUCCAACACAAUCAACAGGGCAUCAACAACGACAACAGAAGCAACCAUUUUCCCAAAAGAAACACAAAAGCAGGCUCGACUUUUUUUUUUUUUUUUUGGGUUUUCCUCGAAAAAAAAAAUUUCAGAACCCGGGGAUUUUAUGUUUCAAAGGAACAAUCUUUCUUCUGUUUUUUCAACCGACUGAUCCAAAAACCAGAACCCAUUUUUUCGUUUUCCUUGAUAGGCCCUAAAAAUGAAGCUCCAGAGAUCAGCAGCGACACUCCUCCUAGGGUUUCUGGUGGUGUCUUUGAUACCCUCAUCAAUCGCGAGAUUUGUGGUGGAGAAGAACAGCUUGAGGGUGACAUCUCCGGACAGCAUCAAAGGCACGCAUGACAGUGCCAUUGGGAACUUUGGGAUACCUCAGUAUGGGGGCAGCAUGGCUGGGGUUGUGGUGUACCCCAAGGAUAACAAGAAGGGUUGUAAAGUUUUCGAUGAGUUCGGGAUUUCGUUCAAGGCCAAGCCCGGAGCUCUCCCGACCUUCGUUGUGCUCGAUCGUGGAGAUUGCUUCUUCGCUUUGAAGGUCUGGAAUGCCCAGAAUGCUGGGGCUUCUGCAGUUCUUGUUGCAGAUGACGUUGAGGAACCAUUGAUAACCAUGGACUCUCCUGAAGAAGAUGGUUCCUCCGCAAAAUACAUUGAAAACAUAACAAUACCAUCUGCACUCAUUGAAAAACGUUUUGGGGAAGCAUUAAAGAAAGCAUUCAGCGCUGGGGACAUGGUCAAUGUGAAUCUUGACUGGAGAGAAGCUGUUCCGCAUCCAGAUGAUCGCGUGGAAUAUGAAUUGUGGACCAACAGCAAUGAUGAAUGUGGGGUUAAAUGUGACAUGUUGAUGGAGUUUGUGAAGGAUUUCAAGGGUGCUGCACAGAUACUUGAGAAAGGUGGUUACACUCAAUUCACACCCCAUUAUAUAACUUGGUACUGUCCCCAGGCAUUCACCUUAAGCAAACAGUGCAAGUCCCAGUGCAUUAAUCAUGGAAGGUAUUGUGCUCCUGAUCCUGAACAGGACUUCAGCACAGGUUAUGAAGGGAAAGACGUUGUUCUUGAGAACUUAAGGCAGCUAUGUGUUUUUAGAGUGGCAAAUGAGACAAAAAAGCCUUGGGCGUGGUGGGACUACGUAACUGAUUUUCAAAUUAGAUGUCCUAUGAAAGAGAAAAAAUACAAGAAGGAAUGUGCUGAUGCUGUUAUCAAAUCACUUGGUGUCGAUAUUAAAAAGGUUGAGAAGUGUAUGGGGGAUGCAAAUGCUGACUCUGAAAAUCCUGUUCUAAAAGAAGAGCAAGAUGCUCAGGUUGGGAAAGGAACGAGAGGUGAUGUAACCAUCUUGCCAACCCUUGUUGUCAAUAACCGACAGUAUCGAGGGAAGUUGGACAAAGGUGCAGUUCUGAAGGCCAUCUGUGCUGGUUUUCAGGAAACUACUGAACCAGCUGUUUGUUUGAGCAGUGAUGUGGAGACAAAUGAGUGCUUGGACAAUAAUGGUGGUUGCUGGCAAGACAAAGCAGCCAAUCUCACAGCCUGCAAGGAUACAUUUCGUGGGAGGGUGUGUGAAUGCCCCUUGGUGGAUGGUGUGCAGUUCAAAGGAGAUGGUUAUACCACUUGUGAAGCUAGUGGGCCCGGGAGGUGCAAGAUAAAUAAUGGAGAUUGUUGGCAUGCAUCCCGAGAUGGACACACGUUCUCUGCUUGUUCGGAUAAUGGAGAGGUUAAAUGCCAGUGUCCACAAGGAUUUAAGGGUGAUGGUGUCAAAAGUUGUGAAGAUAUUGAUGAAUGUAAAGAGAAGAAAGCUUGUCAGUGCCCUGAGUGUAGCUGCAAGAAUACCUGGGGGAGCUACGACUGCAGUUGCAGUGGAGAUCUUUUGUAUAUCAGGGACCAUGAUACCUGCAUUAGUAAGAGUGCUAGUCAAACAAAAUCUGCUUGGGCUGCUGUUUGGGUCAUAUUGAUAGGCUUGGCUAUGGCUGCUGGUGGGGCAUAUCUUGUGUACAAAUAUAGAUUACGGUCAUACAUGGAUUCAGAAAUCAGAGCUAUAAUGGCACAGUAUAUGCCUCUAGACAGUCAAGCUGAAAUACCAAACCAUGUCGAUGAACAUGCAUAGAAAGGAAAUUCCGUUGUUCAUUUUUCUUGAGGAUUUCAGGUGCUAGCGCAUCAUUACACCCAUGGUUAUUAAUGCAGUCACGAAUUUUGAGGAGUUGGAUCUUAUAUUCUUGUAAAAUAUGCUAGAUAAUAAAAGAAUGCAGAGUAAAAAUUGUCCUGUUAUAUUUGUUAGCAGUGCAACCAUGCUGAACAUCAAGAGCUGGGUUGGAAGCAGAUUGCAAAGCAUCUAGAAAGUCCGUUUCCCAUCCUGAAAAAUCUUGUCCCCUAAUUUAAAUAGCAAUUAUGUAAUUUAUUUAUACCUUUAAGAUGAGCUGACUUCAUUGUCUUUAUAAUUCUCUGUUUUUAGGUUUA